UGCUAUAGGAAUGCAGCUGAGUCUUGACUGAGUUGUUGACGCAGAUAUUUGCGGAAAAGUUAAUAUAUACGUAGUGGUUGAAAAAUUUAAACAAAUUAUUGAUUUUAAUCGUCUAGGAAAUAUAUUGUGAGGGUUUUGCGACUAGGUACCGAUUACAAUGGCUGCCACAACAAACGACACAACAGAAGAUCGCCGUCGUCGGGUUCUCCUGGGACCCCUACCAGCUGGUUUCCUACGAGCAGAUUCAGAUGGACCGCCUGAAUCUGUUGAUGUAGAUUACGAAGCUGCAAUGGCUCUGCAGCAACAGCUUUGUGGAGCUACAAUGCCAGCAGCCGGACCUCCUCUGACUGCUCGUCUAAGUGUAACUAUAGUACAAGCUAAGCUGGUAAAGAACUAUGGUCUAACCCGCAUGGACCCCUAUGUUCGUUUGCGAGUCGGUCAUUGCAUAUAUGAGACGCAGACAGACCCAAGUGGGGGUAAGACACCUAAAUGGAACAAGAUGAUACAUUGUCUGCUCCCUCCUGGCGUAAAUUCCAUUUACCUGGAAAUCUUCGACGAGUGCUCUUUUACUAUGGACGAACUGAUUGCUUGGACUCACAUACAGAUACCUGCUGCUGUACUCAAUGGUGAAACACACGAAGAUUGGUAUCCAUUAACCGGCAAGCAAGGAGAUGGAGUGGAGGGGAUGGUCAACCUGGUUUUAAGUUACUCAGUUGGCCCAGCCGCAGUACCGACUUUCCCGCCAGUUCUGGUGGUGCCAUCGACAGGUAUGGGCUACGCUACCAUGCCAAUGUACCCAGCAGGUACUCCCCAUACGUACCCGCAACAGCAGCCGCAACAACCCCAACAACCACAACCCAUUACGGAGGAAGACCUUGCUCAGAUCUACGAAAUGUUCCCAAGCAUCGACAAGGACGUGAUAAAAUCUGUGGCUGAAGUGAACCGCGGGAACAAAGAAGCGACAAUUAACUCGUUACUUCAAAUGUCAGAAUAAUGAAUGUAUGCCUUAUAAUCAUGUUUAAGAAUCAUUAAUAUUAAACAGUAGAUUUACCUGGAUUCCUAUAUUUUAUCCGUAAUUUUGAAUAGUAUUGAAUAAAUACUCGAAAUUAUUUUACCACAGUGCGGAACAAAGUCCCCUUUCAAAUUUGUAUGAAGACGGAACAAUCAUGAAUUAACGAGAUUUUAUGAAUUGACUGAAAUGUUCUAUUGACGGAUAAAUCACAAUGCUAAUUAAAAUAUAUUUCAAUGUAUAAUUAGAUAUUCACACAUAACAAAAGCCGUGUGAAGUUGUAACUUGAAACUACUUAAAGUAGAAAAUUUUGGCCAAAGACCUUGUCUCCAAAUCAUGUAAAUAUUUAAAAAAAAACAAGGGACCCCGAGAAAUUCUUAUUUCAAAAUUCUCUUGUAUCUCAGUUGAUAAGGUCAUGCUGAGGUCAUGACCCCUUAAAGGUGAACGACCCCAGGUAGAUUACGAUACAAUGAAUUUUUUUAAUUUCAAAAAAUAUAUACUGGCUACUAUAUGUUUAUAUUCACAAGGUUUUUGUUAUUACCAUUAAAGGCCUUAUUAUGAUAGCUUUUCCGUUAGGUCUUAGUCGAAAAUCGCUAGCAAUUUUGUAUUUUUUACGUGCUCAUAUAUCAAGUAGUUUUAAUUUGUAUUAGAUUGUUUAAAUUAAAUUUCAUAUGCCAUUAUAGCCUUAGAAAUGAAGUUAUUUAUUAGCACUAUGCACCUUGCACCUGGUCAAGCAUGAACCUCCAGCAGAGCAGUACUGUGUAUUUUGCUUUCAGUGCGUCAUUCCCAUGGCUCGGAGGCGCUGCUUAACACAUCCAGCCUAUACAGAUACCGGCAAACUUCUUGAGCAUUAAACAAGGGAGUGGGGGAAAGUUUGCGCAUCGCGGGACACAAACGUCAACUGAUUUACCACGAUCACGAUACCUAAAAAUAGCUUCUGCGCAGGCAAGGACAUUUGUUCAAGAUGUUUGCCGGUAUCUGUACAUUUAAUGCCUUAUCAUAAAAAAUCUAUUUAAGUUUAGUUGGAGGAAAUAAAAAAAUAGAUUUAUUACCAAAAUCUAUGUAAAAAAAUAUUUUAGUUUAUUUUGACUUAAUAAGCAAACGGCAAACAAGUUACACUGUUUUUAUAUAUGUUUAUUAGAUUGUUAAUAUGGCACCUAGCUGAAUAUGUGCCAAAUAAUUUGCCACGCUUUACUUGUAUUAUACCUGUUAUAUUUAUUUAUAAUUAAAUAUAAAUGAUUUAUUAAGUG